AUGUGUGAUCGCAGCGAGCGUCACUGGCUGGACCCCACUAUUUCCAACAAGCACCUCCGGAUCCAUUGCAUACUGUAUGAUGAGUCCGGCAGCGACGGAGUCCCACCGCUGGUCUAUGCAACCGACGUUUCAAGCAAUGGUACUACUCUUACCAAAAACAACACAGCAUGCGCGACCUCGGAGGCCAGCCGUAAGGUUCUCAUGACUCGCAAGCAUGGCGCGUUUCUACUCGAAAACGGUGACGAACUUCGCAUUUCCGAUUCGGUCACGCUGAUCUAUCGUGAAACGGAGCUCCGUGCAGAGUCUCCAUUGACUAAAACCCAGAAAAAGGAAGUGCCACAGUUCGCAUCACGAUACUUGGUCACAGGCCGCCUCCUCGGCAAAGGUGGGUUCGGGAAGGUUGUCGUUGGCAUCCACCAGAAGUCGCAACGACAGCUGGCGUGCAAAGUCGUGAACCUGAGAGAGUUCUAUCGGAAAGAAGCCAUACCUACUCUACGACUGCCAACUAGUGAGGACACUCUACCAGGCAUUGCUUAUGGGUCGGCAACGCGCUGGCCAAGCAAGGUUACGCGGUGUUCUCGUGAGUUCAAGAUACUCAAUAACUUAUCUCAUCCAAACAUCAUCAGCGUCGAGAAAGUCUUCUGGAGUUCGAACACUAUCUACUUGUUCCAGGAGUUGAUCACUGGAGGAGACCUUUUUUCAUAUAUGGAGCGAAAGGGUGGUUCACUGAAUUCUAUCGACGCAGCCGUGAUAGUUUUCCAGAUUCUCAAAGCGAUCGAUCAUCUUCACGAUCGGGACAUCGUUCAUAGGGAUCUGAAACCCGACAACAUACUUCUGUCAUGUCCAGACGAUGGAGCACGUAUCGUCAUCACCGACUUCGGUAGUGCUAGAGUUAUGCCAAAGGCGACUAGCAAUGAGAGACGACGCAUGUUCACUAAGACUGGAACUAUGGAAUAUAUUGCACCUGAAAUUUACGAGAUGAACAAUACGUGCCCAAAAGGUUCAGGAUACACCAAAGCUGUAGACAUGUGGUCGAUCGGUGUGAUCGCCGCAAGUCUCUUGUCAAAUGAGGCUCUGUUCGCCGCUUCUUAUUACGAACCGAACCCUCAAACAUACAUCUUAGCGCUUGCGGCCAAAUGUGACAUCAGCAUUAUCGACGAUGACACGCAUCCCAUGUGGCGCAAAGUUGGCAAAAAACCGAAAGAUUUUGUCAAGAACCUGCUUGUGCUACGGGAAGAGGAUCGCAUGUCAGUCAAGAAAGCUCUCGCACAUUCCUGGUUUACGAACCCCUACCUGGCCGAGGAGUUCAAAGCUUUGUACGCCCGCUCCAUCAGAGACUGGCAACCUCGACGUACGGUGUCUAAGCUCGUUGAGCCCAUCGCCAUGCCAAUUUUGGAUCAAGAGCCUCCCUUACAGCCACGCUCACAUUACUCCCAGCGACGAUCUGUUCAGUCUUCCUUCCGAGACAUUCACAAGCGUUUCACAGGCUCGCAAGACUGGGACUUGAGUGUAGUCUAUCCACCAUCGGAGGGAGAAUCCGUUGUAGCAGAGCACGAAGAAGCUCAGUAUGAGGGACCUAGCCGCUACGACCAGCACUCCUUCGAACUAGGAACGCGUUCUGGUCACGAGGACCCUCAUGAUUCGUCUGACGCUUCGAUGAAUCAGCUUUCGCUGGAACACGAUCCACCGGCGUCGGGCAUGUAUUCCACUCACGAGACAGCAUGCAGUGGGCACGAUUAUCGUAUGAGGAGGGAAGACAUACCAGUCGACCCUUCCGUCAUUGUCUCGAAACCUCCUCAAAAAUACGACCUUCUUGCUGACUCGCCAGUGCCAUACCGACCUCUUACCCGAUAUUCGCCGGAACCCGACAUGGAGAAGCCAAUCACCUUUCCGGGCUCAAGUAGCUCUAUCAUCUACGAGACCCCAAUCUCCUACUCACAGCUGCAGGAAUUCGCAAGCCACAGCGACAUAUACAGGAACAUGGAGCCCGACCAGGAGCAUGACAGUGCUGCUAACGCGCACAAACGGCGGAAACUGGCGCAGGCUUACCUUUAG